CUGGGCGUGGGUGAGGAGGAAGAGGAGGAUGAUGCUGUUGAAGGUCAUUGCACUGUGCUUCCUGUAUGGAGCAGCAGUCUAUGGCCAGGACUGCAACAAAAAGCCAGAAUGCCCGAUUGAUCUGUACUUCCUCAUCGAUACAUCGGAGACGAUCGCUCUUCAGGAGAAUCCUCCGGGCAGUUUGGUGGAGAGCAUCAAGGACUUCACCGUUGCCUUCGCUCAGAAGCUGGAGGACAUGGACUACAGAGGCCUGGUGCAGAUCAGCUGGUCUGUGGGCGGCCUCCACUUCUCCAUGAGGCAGGAGAUCAUCAGCGGCAUCACCAACAAGAAUGAUUUCAUCCAGAGGGUGAAGGCCAUCCGGUACCUCGGCAAGGGCACCUUCACCGACUGCGCCAUCACCAACAUGACCAGAGAGAUGCAGCGCGCGCCGUCCAAACCCAACGCCAAGCGCUUCGCCGUGGUGAUCACAGACGGCCAUGUAACCGGAAACCCCUGCGGCGGGGUGAAGGUGGCGGCAGAGCGAGCGAGGGAUGAGUUUAUUAAGAUAUUCGUCGUAGCCGCGUCCAAGAACCUGGAGGAGACGGCGCUGAGGGAGAUCGCCAACUCUCCAGUCGGGGUUUACAGAAGUAACUACAUGGCCGUGGAUCUGACAGGAGCUCGACCCGUCAUUUUAACCAAGACCAUUGACCGUAUCUAUGAGGCUAUGCUGCAUCAAGCUUAUCAAGAGUGCUAUAGCCUCAGAUGCUUGGAGACAGCUGGACCUCCUGGUCCACAGGGACACAGGGGACAGAAAGGUGCAAAAGGAGACAACGGUGAAGCUGGUCUGAAAGGUGAAAAAGGUCGUGCUGGUGACCCCGGUAUUGAAGGUCCUAUUGGUCAUCCUGGUCCAAAAGGAGAACCUGGUCUCAAAGGUGAAAAGGGAGAGCUUGGAACACAAGGAAGGAAGGGAGUGGCAGGGCUGUCGGGACGCAACGGAACCGAUGGUCAGAAGGGUAAAAUUGGACGCAUCGGUGCUCCUGGCUGCAAAGGUGAUGAAGGUGAUAAGGGUCCUGACGGAUAUCCUGGAGAAGUAGGAGAGAGCGGCCUGCGUGGAGCUCCAGGAGAGAAGGGAGAUUCAGGUCGUCCUGGAAGACCAGGACCUACUGGCCCAUCUGGCGACGGGGGUCCAAAGGGUGAAAGAGGAAGUCCAGGAACGCCGGGUCUCCCAGGUCAGAAGGGUUCUGCAGGAACACCAGGAGGACCUGGGCCAAAAGGUGACCCUGGGAGAAGAGGAGAUUUCGGACCAAAGGGAGGGGAGGGACCAGCCGGGUCAAAAGGAGAGAAUGGUGAAGCAGGUACUGAAGGUUUGAGAGGCCUCGCAGGGGAAGUUGGAAACAAAGGAACCAAGGGAGAUCCAGGACUUCCAGGACCACGAGGCCCCGCAGGAUCCCCCGGAGAGCCUGGAAGAAAUGGUAGCCGCGGUGACUCCGGUGAUGCCGGACCGAGAGGAGAGCCAGGACCCCCAGGACCAAUCGGCGACUCUGGCAGACCAGGAUUCAGCUACCCAGGACCAAGAGGACCCACGGGUGACCGAGGAGAGAAAGGCAGACCUGGAGCCAGAGGCAGCAGGGGAGACUGUGGACAGAAGGGAGAACCUGGACUAAAAGGACCUAAUGGAGAACCUGGAGACCCUGGACCUCAGGGUGAACCUGGACCAAGAGGGCCCAAAGGAGAUUCAGGAAGAGAUGGUGAUCCUGGUCCGGAGGGAGACGCAGGCCUUACAGAAUGUGAUGUCAUGAACUACAUCAGGGAGACCUGUGGGUGCUGUGACUGUGAGAAGAGGUGUGGAGCCCUGGAUAUUGUAUUUGUGAUUGACAGCUCAGAAAGUGUGGGAUUAACCAACUUUACCCUGGAGAAGAACUUCGUCAUCAACACCAUCAACAGACUGGGCUCAAUCGCUAAAGACCCCAACUCAGAGACCGGAACCCGUGUUGGCGUGGUCCAGUACAGUCACAGUGGCACUUUCCAGGCCAUCAGCCUAAACGACACCAAGAUCGAUUCCCUGUCAGCUUUUAAAGACGCUGUGAAGAAGCUGGAGUGGAUCGCUGGAGGCACAUGGACUCCAUCCGCUCUGAAAUUCGCCUACGACAACAUGAUCCGCGACAGUCGCCGCAGCAAGGCUAAAGUAACCGUGGUGGUCAUCACCGACGGUCGCUUCGACCCGCGAGACGACGACUCCCUGCUCACCUACCUCUGCACUGAUAACAGCAUAGACGUGAACGCCAUCGGGAUCGGAGACAUGUUCGACCAGGUGGAGGAGAACGAGAGUCUGAAGUCCAUCGCCUGCCAGAAGGAGGGAGGAGUGCUGGGCAUGAGGCGCUUCGCCGACCUGGUGGCAGAGGAAUUCAUAGAUCGAAUUGAGACGGUGCUGUGCCCAGAUCCUGUGGUCAUCUGCCCCGAUCUCCCAUGCAAAACUGAGCCGGCAGUGGCCAGUUGUGUGCAGCGUCCGGUGGAUCUGGUGUUCCUGCUGGACGGGUCGGAGCGGAUGGGCGUGGAGAACUUCAGGAGAGCUCGUGAGUUUGUGGAGCAGGUGGCUGAUCAGUUGAUGUUGGCUCGGAGGGAUAACGACGAGAGGAACACCCGCGUGGCUCUGCUGCAGUACGGAGACGAGGGAACUCAGGAAGUGGCUUUCAAACUCUCGCACAAUAUAACCGUCAUCUCCGAUGGCCUGGCGGGCAUGAUGUACCUGGACUCCGCCUCCAACGUGGGCAGCGCCAUCAUGUACGCCGUCAACAACAUCCUGAUGAGCGGAACCAGCCGCCUGGCUCGCCGCAACGCCGAGAUCUCCUUCGUCUUCAUCACCGACGGCGUCACCAGCAACAAGAAUCUGGAGGAGGGCCUCAGCGCCAUGCGCAGGGCCGAGGGCGUGCCCACCGUCAUCGCCAUGGGCAGCGAUGUCGACCAGGAAGUGCUGACGAAGCUCGCGCUCGGAGACCAGACAGCCAUUUUCAGGGGACAGGAUUACAGCCACCUCUCCAGACGCAGCUUCAUUGACCGUUUCCUCCGGUGGAUCUGCUGAAAAUGGGGGGGAUCUUAAGCUCACACUAGUGGAGGGGGGUAAAUAGUUUUAUUGGUGUGUUACUGGAGUCAGCCUGGUCAUUAGGAUGCAACAAAAAGAAAAUUUGUGGCUAAACAAUAUGCUGAUCAAACACCUAAUACUGUUCGCCAAUGUUUUACACCAUUCUAUACAUUAAAAAGCCUUUUGUUUUAUGAAGAAAAACAUGAUUUUUAACUGAAAGUGUGGGUUUUUUUUUUAGAAUAAAUUGUGAAUCCAUACUUAAUACUUAGUUAAUACUUAAUUAAUAUUAGUUUGUCAUUUUGCUAAUAUUUCCCACGCUCUUGACUCUCUUGUAAUGAAAAAUAGAGGUAGCAACUUAGCCUAUGUUCACAUUACAAGUAGGGCUGCAACGAUUAGUCGAUAUAAUCGACAAUGUCGAUUAUUUAAGUUUGUCGACUACAAAUUUCAUUGUCGACUAAUCGUUCAUUUAUAACAGAUAUAACUCACAUUUAAUCACUAAAUGUUGUUAUCUUACACAUUUAAACAGCAGCCAUGGCUUUUAAAUCUCAUGUUCAGCCAUUUCUAUAGUUUCUAGAGAUGGAGGACAUGGCAGAAAUAAUCGUUGACUAAUCGACUAAUCUGAAAAAAUAAUCAUCAGAUUACCAAAAUACUACUAAAAUAAUCAUUAGUUGCAGCCCGAAUUACAAGCUACAUUAAAUAGCGUGGAGAAGUAAAGGGCGUGGAUCAGUCUCCCAAAAUUAAAUUAUGUUCAUGACUCAACUUUAACGCAGUAAAAGUCAAAAAAGUGUCAAAUCAAAGAACGAGGACGUUUUUGGAUUUAAAUUACAUGAAAAAAAGACUCACUUCAUAUGUUUUCAUAUAUUUUAAAGUUUGCUGAAUCACUCCCACACUAUAAUCACAGAAUUCAGUUCCACUAACCAGAGUCGCGUUUGUCUAAUAAGUGUAAACAAACACAUGUAGCUAAAAUCUAAAUCAGGAUAGAAUCCAGAUUCUGAUCACAUUAAGUGCUCAAGUGUAAACAGGGAAAGUGUGCUAUGUGAUCUGGUGAGUUGCAUCCUCAUCAGCAAGCUCACUCCAUAUAACACACCAGUGGACAUGGGAUAAGGGGGCAGGAUGCAGAAAAUAAAAGGUAAUAAUAAAAGAUAAAAACACCAAAGAUAAUUUACUGAAUGUUAAACUUUUUGAAAAAGUUUUUUUUUUAUUUCUAAAUGUUCUGUUUUUGAAGAAGGCUCUACCUGAAUCGUUUUGUAUUCACACCAAAGGUGCUAAACCAGAGCAAGACUGGAGUUUUUCCUGUAUAUCUUUGAAGAGGUUUUCAUGGGUUGUUGAAUUUCAGCUGAAAUCAUUCAAUAAAUAAAAUAAUUCAGGGUUAAAUGAACGAAGCCAUUUAGACUAAAGCACAUCGCAAGUAUUACAUAUCUCAGCUUCGGAUCUAGUUGCCUCAAUAUGUUGCACUAGACUGGGUUUCAGUUAGAAUAGUUUCAGGUCUGAAGGAUAAGAUACCAGCAGCACAGCUUGAAUAUAUGAACUGUAUUAUCAAAAACAUUCUCAGCUGAGGAUUUAACUCAUUACUUACUCUGCCCUGAAGCCAUGCUGAAAAUAUCGAACUGUGGGUCAAUUAUAACAGUAAAAACAGCAUUUCACAGGGUGUUCAUUUUUUAUUUUCCCAACAAAACCACUUGAAUCAUGUCGAGCUGCAAAUUCAUUAAGUACAAACAUCCAAUGCUGGACUUGAAGGGAGUAUUAAUAUAAUUAGGGAAACCAGUAAACUGUGCUGUGGAGUCUAGAGGCAAUCACACCAAACUGUGCCCGAGCAUGGUGCAUGGUUCCUGAUAAACAUGGUGGUGUUGUCGCAAAUUCAGCAAACCCCGCCAGGAAAAGCACCUCCUCUCAUGACUGAGAUAACUGUGACUUUUGUCUCGUAUUUCUAAGUUAAAUUAAAGCAGAUUAUCACCGCUUUUAUCAUUAACAAAGUGCAAGACAUGCUCCUGAGAGAGGGUGCUUUUCAUGGCGGGGGGGCUAAAAUUGGCAUAACACUGAGUAGCCCACUGAGCAGUGAGUAAUGACGUACUAAGAAAUGCACGCUACCCCGGCUGCAGCCUAUACUUUAGAAACCAGCCUCAGAUCAACCUGUAACUCAACUGUACUCCAAGUUUAAAUAUUCCGAUCAUAUUUUUAAAAUAUCUUUUCAGAUCUACUACAAGGGCCCAGUCAGACCACAGCUUUUCCUCCAGUCACAGGAAAUCUCUUUACCUGUAACUCUUGCUUUGACACAUGCUCGUGACAGGGAAUCAAAUGUUCGUAUUAAAUGAAGUAUUCAAAGUAUGUCCACAUACUUAUGUAUGAAGAGCAAAAUGACCACAACAGAUAAUGAUAAAAAAAUAAUGUUAAUUGUUUUUUUUUUUCGUCUUUUAAGAGCACUGUAAUCAGAUGUAGUCAGUAAAUUCUAGGCUGCCAUGAAGGUGAAAUGAGUAUUUUGACAUGCUGUAGGAUCUGAAGGAUGGACCUCAUUAUUGUUUUGUCAACUUCAGUGUUAGUACAAUAAAACAGGCUGUGGUAAACUACAAA